UACUGGACGUUGGCUGAUGGGAAAUACCAAUCUGGACAGCUUUGAAAAUGGUAUGUUUGCAUUUGUGAAAGUCAACCAAUGCCCAGGGAUAAAACCACUUACAACAAUACCCUCUGGUAAAACUGUUCGGUUUUAUAUAGCAGCAGAAGACAUUGAAACUUGCUCCACACCAAAUGGUAUAUUAGCUAGAGCAGGGCAGCUAACAAAGGAAAGGGCAGAGCGAGAACAAGAAUUUAUUAAUGCAGGAAAUAUACACCACGGCCGAUUUACCCAGUAUACUGAUGAAACAUUUACAACCCCUGUCCCAAGAACUGCAGACACAAAACAUUUUGGCGACUUUGGACCUCACGUGUAUGCGGAAGUUGGUGACAUUUUAGAAGUUGUAUUGAAAAAUAAAUUAAAGAAUCGAAAAGCAUCUUUUGUUCCUGUAGGCAUAGAUAUCGAAAAGAAAUAUGAAGGGAUUUUAUAUAGAAACGAUAGAAAAAGUAAAAAAUUAUGUGGUCGUCUAACCGAGCCAGGAGAGACAAAACUAUAUAGGUUUGUAAUUCGAGAUAACGUAGCGCCUAAUACUGACCUCGGGCUGCAGUGUUUCUCCUCCUUCUAUCAUUCUGCAGGCGAAGGAUAUGUUGAAGAUGUUAAUUUCAGAUUGACAGGACCAUUGACCAUAUGUAAACGUGGAGGAUUGUAUGGGGACGGAAAACAGGUCGGAUUUGACAAACACUUUUUCCUUCAAGCAUCAGUUUACAACACGAAGACAAGUUUGGGAAAUCAAUACACAGGAAUGUAUCCUCCUUAUAGACCAACAAAAGUGACACGAUUUCCAGCAAUAAAUGGUUUGCAGUAUGGAAAUGUCAAAGGACUAGAAAUGUGUGCUGGCGAAACGGUCCUUUUCAGUAUUUUAGGAUUUGCAGGGAGUAGGGAUAUGUAUCAGUCUAUAAUCUUUGAGGGUAACAGUGUGGGAUAUAAUGGACAAACUGUCGAUGCUCUAACUGUUGGGAAUGGCGAGGCAGUCACAGUUACCAUGACACCGGACAAUGUUGGGGUUUGGUUGAUAAAGAGUGGUCAGACAAACUUACAAGAAGAUGGAAUGAUCGCUACAUAUACUGUUAAAGACUGUGGAAUCAAAUCCUAUGUACCAAAGUCAAUACAGUCAGGUGGUAAACUAUGGAGAUAUUACAUAGCUGCUGUAGAUGUGGAAUGGGAAUAUGCUGAAAGAAAAAUUCACCCUGUCACACUGGAAGAUCUUCAGGAUCCAAACACAGAUGGUCAUUUGUAUGUAAGGGACACUAAGAAAUUUAUUGGAACAAAAUAUAUCAAAGCGGUUUACAGAGAAUUUACCGACGCUUCAUUCAAGCAUUUAGUUAAACGAAGUUUCAGGGAUUACCAUCUGGGAACUAUGGGACCAUUUGUUCGAGUUCAAGUUGGCGAUACUCUUGAAAUAGUAUAUAAGAAUAUGGUUAAGUUUCCAAAUACAAUUAAUAUGAGAAAUCUUAAAGGCGAUAACCACAUGGUUCGUACGCAGGCAGAAAAUGGAGUUCCACCUGGUAAAACUACAACGUUUAGAUGGUAUGUUCCAGAAAGAUCAGGACCUGGUCCGUUUGACCCGAAUUGCGUUGGACGAUCCUAUGAUUCUACAACUAAUCCUCUAAAAGACUCGAAUACUGGCCUUUUCGGACCUUUGAUAGUUUGUAGAAAAGGCGUACUUGAUAAAGAUGGUUAUAGGACUGAUAAUGUUGAUCGUGAGUUUGCUCUAAACUUUGAGACCUACGAUGAAACAAAAAGUCACUUUUUCAAGUUAAACACUCACUUAUACGCACCUGGACGACAAGAUUGUAAGGAUCCUGUUUUUGUCGAAUCAAACCAAAUGCACGCAAUCAAUGGUUUCAUGUAUUUCAAUACACCUGCAAUGAAUAUUUCUAUCGGAGAACAGGUUUCCUGGUAUAUUAUGUCAACUGGGGACAAACAAUCUCAACACUCCGUAAAAUUCAAUGGCCAAGCACUAACCAUGAAUGUGUUUGGUAACACCAAACGCACAAGUGUCAUCAGUAGUGAAGCAGGAACCUAUUAUACAGCAGAAAUGCUGGCUAACCAUGCCAGUGUAUGGCUAUUGAGUGACCAUGUAGGUGCAAAUAUGUGGAAAGGUGCAAUGGCGACGUAUACCAUCACCAAAGAUCCUGUGCCAUAAAUUCACUUUAGGUAUUGACAAGUCCGCAUUUAAGCAGUCGAAAACCUUAACAAAUGACACCAAGAGUAUGAAAUACAAAUAUCUUUGGAAUAAAAU